UCGCCUUUCACGUUGCUUAGUAGCCCGCCAUUACAAUUAGAGAAGAAGAACAAAACGGAAACCACGCAAUUUUCGCGCGAAAUGUUGACCAGCGUUGGUGUGAGCUGGCUGAAGAAUAUUUCUGUGAAAUCUUCUUUUUUUCGAUGCGGGUUUUAAAUCAAAGCAGAUAAAACGGACACACACACAAAAAUAGCUUUCUUUUUGUAUCGAUUAUUGAUUGCGUUGUUGUAUCCGAGCUCGUGCAGCAGUGAACGAGGAAACAGGAUGAAGUAUUUCACCAGACUGAGAGUAAGAAGAGUGUACAAGUGGCGCGGGCAGCCUGUUAGUUUCAACAGAAAGUUGAAAACGUAUGAAUAUGGCUCCUUGGCCAUCAGUGUGGAGGGUCUCCCGAAGACCACGGUCAUCAACACGGGCCAACACAUCCUCAUAGAGGGCGAAGACGAAGACAACCCUUACGUGGCCAAAGUCAUCCGGCUGUACGGUGACGAGAGCGGGCGGCAGAAGAAGGCGGUGGUUCAGUGGUUUACCCGUGUGUCCGAAGUGCCUGUGAGCAAGCUGAAGCUGCUGGGCAGAGAGCCUCACCCGCAGGAGAUCUUCUACUAUCAGGGCCGCAGCUGUGACGACGAGGUGGACGCCGAGUCCAUCCUCAGGCCUGUGCAGGUGAAGCGCCUGGAUGGAGCGGCUCCGUUCCCGGACGGCGAUCGAGACGUUCUGUACGUGAAGCUGUCCUGGGACUCCAAGACCUUCAAAGUGCUGGACUCUGAACUCGCUCCGGAGUCCCCUCUUCCUCCUCCUCCCUCCUGUCCCAAGCCCUCCCUCCCCCCCUCUCCCCCAUGCUCCCCUCCUGCAGCGGCGCCGGCGUCCCGAGGCCCCGCCAGGCGCGCCCUGCCCACCCCGGACUUCGCCAUCAUGCGGCGCGCCGCGGCGGGGGAAGUGAAAGUCGGCCGGGCCACCAUGAGCGCCAGGAAGGCCAGCGCCGCCGAGGCGGAGUCGCUGCACUCGGCCACCAAACAGUCGGCCUCGAAAUGUCUGAGCAGCAAGAGGAGGACCGCCUCGGCCAGGACGCCCGGGGUCCGCAAGAAGCUGGAGCUCAGCAGUCCGGAGAAGAAGUCGAUGAUCCGCGAGGACGUCCUGAGCCGGCUGCUGGACGAGGAGCUGGAGUCGGAGGAGAUGUUGGCUCAGAGGCUGUCGGCCUCUCCUCCGCAGGCGCUGCCGCUCAACCACAGCCUCGGCCCCGCCAGGACGCCCCACCACGCCGCCGCCUCCGCUCAGGGCGCUUUCCCCCUGAGGCCCGCCGCCGUCGUCCUCGCCAAACUCCCCGAGGCGGACAGCCCGCCGUCGUCUGCCAGACGAGACACCACCAGGGCUGAAGAGGACGGCGAGAGCUGUCCGACGCUGCCGGUCGCCGCCACGCCGCGGAGCUCCAAGAGGAAGUCGGCCCAGCUGGUGUCGUCUCGCAUCCGGAGGCAGCUGAACCUUCUGGACAACCGGCUGGACCGGGACUCUGACUCGGACGGAGAGGACGAGUUCGUUCCCUCCAGGAAGGAGCUCCAGAGCAGCAGCAGCGAUGAAGAUGAGGAGGAGGAGGAGGAGGAGGAAGAAGAAGAUAGCGACGAGGACGCAGUGUUUUUUAAAAAAAGCCGGCGUGCGUCUACGGCGACGCCGCGCUCCAAGCAGAGGACUCGCUCCUCCACCAGAACGCCGCGGAAAACUCCCAACAAGAAGGUCACACCCGGCACGCCGCGGACGCCUCGUGGCGCCACUCCCAGCAUCCCCAGCAGGUCGCUGCCGGCCCGACAGCCCGCUAACGUUCUGGAGGAGGCCAGGACCAGGCUGCACGUGUCCUCGGUGCCGGAGUCUCUUCCCUGCAGAGAGCAGGAGUUUCAGGACAUCUACAGCUUCGUGGAGAGCAAGAUCGUAGACGGCACGGGCGGGUGUAUGUACAUCUCCGGCGUUCCCGGCACCGGUAAGACGGCCACGGUCCACGAGGUGAUGCGCUGCCUGCAGCACGCGGCCGACGUGGACGAGAUCCCUCCUUUCCUCUUCGUCGAGAUCAACGGGAUGAAGAUGACCGACCCUCAUCAGGCCUACGUCCAGAUCCUGCAGAAGCUGACGGGUCAGAAGGCCACGGCCGACCACGCGGCCGCGCUGCUGGAGAAGAGAUUCAGCAACGCCGCUCCCAGGAAGGAGACCACCGUGCUGCUGGUGGACGAAUUGGACCUGUUGUGGACCAGGAAGCAGAACGUCAUGUACAACCUGUUUGAUUGGCCGACGCGGCGCCACGCCCGCCUGGUGGUGCUGACCAUCGCCAACACCAUGGACCUGCCGGAGAGGAUCAUGAUCAACAGAGUGGCCAGCAGACUGGGUCUUACCAGGAUGUCCUUCCAGCCGUACAGCUUCAAGCAGCUGCAGCAGAUCAUCACCUCGCGGCUCAACAAGGUGAAGGCCUUCGAGCAGGACGCGCUCCAGCUGGUGUCCAGGAAGGUGGCCGCUCUGUCGGGCGACGCUCGCCGCUGUCUGGACAUCUGUCGCCGGGCGACGGAGAUCUGCGAGCACUCUGCGGCCGACCCCUCUGGCUCAGGAUUGGUGGGAAUAAGCCACGUCAUGGAGGCGCUGGACGAGAUGUUUUCCUCCGCCUACAUCACGGCCAUCAAGUGCGCUUCGUUGCAGGAGCAGCUCUUCCUCAGGGCCGUCAUCGCUGAGUUUCGGCGGCUGGGAUUGGAGGAGGCCACGUUCCAACAGGUGUUCGUGCAGCACCAGGCUCUGUGUCGGGUGGAGGGUCUGCAGCCCGUCAGCGUGUCGGAGGGCCUGGCGGUGUGCCAGCGUCUGGGAGCCUGCAGGCUGCUGCUGCUGGAGCCCAGCCGCCUCGGGGUCCUGCAGCGGGUCCGCCUCAACGUCAGCCAGGACGACGUGCUCUUCGCCCUGAAGGCCGACUGAAGGAGGCUCCUCUUCAGACUCCUUCAACCCGAGUCAUACACACACACA